CGCAGACAAGGAAGUCCGACAUCUAAUUGGAAUGGUGACUUCCACGUCAUGCCGCCUCAUCUUUUGGAUCUUUGGAGGCUCGAGUGUUCCAUUGCUUUGGCGUUCACAGAAUAUACUACGGUUUAGGUAGCGUGUCAACCUCGCUGUCAUGGCACUCUCCAGUUCUAUCGUUUCCUUCGAGUCGGUGCACGCACUAAAACUCCGGGAUGUUGACACGAUUCAGUACGGUCGUUUGACGCGAUCGGCGGCCUCCGAUCUUAUUUAGGGAUGUUGAUGUCUGCAGAGAGCUCAACAAGAUGAACGCAGUGCAACCAUCGUACCCGGCGAGCUCGAGCUUACAGCUGCUGGCUGCCAAUGGAAGUUGAUGUACGUAGCAAGUCCCUCGAGUGGAGCUCCGAAGAUUGACGCGGACAGUGGAGCUAAAGAACAGGUACGGCAUCGAUUAUGAUAGGGCGAAACCAACUUCUUCUGAGUCGAGAAAUGGCUAUAUUAGUCAGCACUCGGCACUGCAACAUGAGGAUGGUGCUGGGUGAUUGGCCUCUAGUUUGUGGCUUCCACGAUCCACAAAUAUAUUAGCAAGCUAAAGGCGCCUCCAAAAUCAUGCAGUGGAUUAGCAUCCACUAUCCACUAGAGGUUAACGAGCUGCCGCCAUGGAAUCAGACGAGUGCAGGAAUCAGCCAUGACAUCACCUCCGUCUAUAUAUGUGAAAGCAGGGGAAGACGACGGGAGAAGAAGGGCGAGGUUAGCUAUGGCGCCCAAGGCGGAGGAGAUACGGAAGGGGCCGUGGACGGAGCAGGAGGACUCGCUACUGGUACGCUAUGUGCGCUUGUUCGGUGAGCGUCGGUGGGAUUGCUUGGCCAAGGUGUCAGGUCUUAACAGGACAGGGAAGAGCUGCAGGUUGCGUUGGGUCAACUACCUUCACCCCGACCUCAUACACGGCCGCAUGACCCCCGAGGAAGAACACCUCGUGCUCGACCUCCACGCCAAGUGGGGCAACAGGUUUGGCCUCCAACCCUACUCUUCCUCCUCCAACUAUAUGAACACACAGUGUACGAUCCGCAGGUGGUCUCGGAUUGCCCGGUGCCUUCCGGGACGCACCGACAACGAGAUCAAGAACUACUGGAGGACGCAUAUGAGGAGGAAGGCGCAAGAGCGGAAGACGAGCGCGUCCCCGUCGUCGUCGUCGUCCUCCUCCUCCUCCUCCUCCUCCUCCUCCUCCUCGUCGUGUUCACCAGCAGCAGCGGCACAAGGUGUGGUGCAGAGUGAAGGGGUGAAGGUAUACAGCAUGGACGAGAUAUGGGAUGAGAUCGCUGCCGCGGACUCGGUCAGUGGGUUGACCGCCGAAGAAAGCGGUUUGGCAUGUCCUCCAUUGCCCUGUCCAAUGUGGGAGGACUGCUCUGAGUCACUGUGGAAGGUAGAUGAUGAGUACAAGAUGGCCACAGUACUACCUGUGGAUGAUCUCAUGAUCUCCGACUUCCACUACAGUGACUAGUUAAUGAGAAGGAGUGGCUUUAGUUAAUCCUUUCUCUUCUACUCUCCAUUGCUGAGAUGGUUUGUAACACAAUCUAGCUUUAUUAAUAAUAAUGUCUCUU